CCACUAAUGCAAGUUUUCCCUAACAGUAGGACCUGCUAAGUAAUUCAAGUUUCGGAAUCGGGACGUUAGGAUAUUCUAGCGCUUCUAACCUCCAAGUUUCCAAUAACUCAUGCUAUCUUACACCCCAAAACUGAAGAGCCUCCAUCAUAUGAGAUAGUCAGAGCACAAAGGAUUAUUACCACUGCAUAUCGGCUCUAACAGGGCAGAAUUGUUAUUCGGCACGGACUGAAAUGCUUGAGCAAGCCCAAGGGCUGGGCCAGCACCAACAGAAUGGAAGUGACGAAACCGAGCCGCUUCUAUCACCUGGCCCAUCGACGGGCAAUGCUGUGAAACCUCCACUCGCUCCAACGCACCAAACGCGUUGUACAUGGCCCUGGAUUUAUGUUGUUCUCUUCGGUAUUGCCAUCGCCAUUGUGGCUGAGAUUGGAGAGUAUCUCUUUAUCGCUCCACGAGUCCGCCUAUUUGAGUCGGUAUCCUGUACACGCUAUUAUCUAGAGCACGACCCAUCCGUCAUCCAACCCGAUGGUUCCGUUCCUGAAUACCUAUGCAAAGUCAAUCGCGUGCAAGAUGAAGUUACUUCCAUCUUGGGCUGGCAGUUAUUCUUUGACAGUAUACCCGCAAUCAUCUUGCCACUGCCUUUUGGAUACCUUGCCGAUAGGUAUGGGCGCAGAUGGAUAUUGUUUACGGCUAUGAUUGGCUAUACCAUGACGUGGGUUUCUACCCUGUUUUUCAUUGGGGUAUUGCAGUUGCCUCUACAAUAUGUAUGGCUCUCGUCCAUUUUCCUUUUGAUUGGUGGUGGCUCGUCCAUAGCGACUACAAUGCUCACGACUAUCGUUGCUGAUGUUGUACCACCGGAUCUCAGAACUACCGUGUUUUUCUAUCGUUUCUGCGCUGAGCUCAUCGCUGAAUGUUUCGUACCCCCCUUUACCUAUCUUCUUAUGGAGAGGGAUGUAUGGAUUCCAUUGCUGGUUGCUCUAGGGUUCCAGGUUUUGGCUACGGCAAUGGCAUCCCUCAUGCCAGAAACUCUACCAGUCGCCAGUCCCGAGAUGGAAACCGACUCUCUAGAUAGUUCGAGUACAUCCGUUAGAUUAUCGUCGCUCAAUGAAUCUACGACGAACAGGACAUGGAUCCAGCAAGUCAAAGACUCAUUUGCAUUUGCCACUCGCGAUAAGACUGUUGCAGCGUUGAUUUUCACUUUCUUAAUCUCAAAAUUCGGCCGCCAAUCCAGCACCGUCCUUUUUCAGUACGUCUCGAAACGAUACAAAUGGAGAUUGUCACAAGCCGGGCUACUCUUGUCUGUGCGCGCAGGCGUAAACAUCCUUUUAUUCACCGUGAUUUUACCCCUUGUCAUCAACUUCGUUCUUUCAAACACCCAUACAGCCACUCGGGAUCUAUGGAUCGGACAAGUAAGCAUCGUGUUAAUGACGAUUGGAGUCUUUAUCAUCGCGGUAGCCGCUACUGCUACCUUUUUUAUAAUUGGACUUGUUGUGUAUACAUUUGGAACAGGUUUCCCGCCCAUUAUUCGCAGUCUUGUGACACUCUUAGUUGAAUCGCAUCAUGAGAGUCAGAAUAGCGAUAUCGCACGCCUGUACGCAAUUAUAUCUGUCUUAGAAGGUAUAGGCAGUCUUCUGGCAGGACCAGGGACGGCGUGGGCAUUUCGCUGGGGCCUAAGCUUGGGAGAGUCAUGGUUCGGGCUACCGUAUCUAUUUGCUACCAUACUCUUCGCGGUAGCUUUGGUUACUGUGUUCUCCAUUAGAGUCAAGUAGCUUCACAACACGACAUUACACCCCGUGUCAGUCUUUCCACUAGCCAUUCUUAUUCUGCAUGAGAAGUUGUGAUCCGAGAACCUAGCGUUAUUGUCACAAAGCUACAAGGCAACAAAGAGACCCCUCCUGUAUAUAGCUUCAGCUUUGUCCGCAAGAAGGUAGGAGGGACCCUUGCGCAACAAUAGAAGUCAUUAGCCAGCAUACUAGGUCCUGGCAGUUAUAAUAACGCGCUCGAUGUAAGGUUGACUACGACAGAGUGGAAGUUAUGUUCCAGGGAAUUGAGAUUAUAAUUAAGUGUCAGGAGAGCAUGCCUAGCGAAAUAGUAUGUACUUCACUUCACUGUAUGGAAAGCUACAGUAAAACUCAGUGGCUUCAUACCGCCAUGCUAAUAGCUUUGCUCUGUAUUUGAAUAUGAUAGCCACCACGAUUAAAGUUAUUGCCUUCUAUGAGAACUGCAACCAUGGGGUACUGUAUUGAUACAUGUUGUUGGACGAGGGUCCCACAGAAGCUUUCAGGCCCAGGUUAGGACUUUAUACAGAGAGUCUCUUUGUAUGUAGUCUCAAGAUCGUGGCACCUCUGAUCUGGCACUCGGUGAUUGUCAGGAGCAUAGUACGCGAUCUACAGUAAGACUCCCAAAGUCAAAAGGGUCUGAAUCUUGAAGGAAUUUAGUCUCCUUUUGACGAUAUACAUGGCAUCUCUUCAUUCCUCUGUCUCUAGAUCGAGUUGAUAGC